AUGCAUAAUAUGCUACAGUUAUUAUCAAGCAUUUUUGCACAAAAGGACAAUGGAACUGAAAUUGGUAACGGUUACGGUAUAUGGCGUGAUUGGCCAGUGGUGGUUACUAAUAUUCUGGAAUUGGCAGUUAUUUUUUGCGAAAGGAAGGAUACAUAUUCAAAAGUCAUUGGACGAUUCAGUUUUAGAAUUUUUGCUCCAGAUCAAGCUGUUGUAAUUUAUCAUCUUAAACGGCUUUAG